GCGAGUCCUCUCUUGUCAGGUCCAGCUCCGCGCCAGUCGUGACAGUGUCCAGAGAGCGACCAUCUUUCUCCUGCAGGACUGACGGAUAACUACCGCCGGCCAGAGGGCGUGGCGGCCUCGCAGGGCGUCCGGUGUUAAGGCAAAAAAGGUGUCUUUGCAGGGUCUCCGCGAAGGCAGCGGAGGAUGUCGUCCUGGCUCUUUCCUUGGACAGGAAAGACAUAAAAAAGUGACUGAAAAUAGGGAGGAGAGAAGAAACUUUGGAAUAAAGUGUCAAGAUGGCUUCCUGGGCUGGAGAGCGGCAGCCAUUGCUACCGAAAGAAGUGUCCGAGAAGCCCAGAUCCUCCACGACCUGCUGCGGACGAGUGCGCCGCUUCUUCGGCGCGGUGACGGUCGAGCCUGUCUGCUUCCUGUACGCCAUCACCUUCGGAAUGACGAUGGCGCUGCUGCCGAACCUCUGGGUGGACAAAAUAUGCCUGGUCCAGCUGGACUACGGCGAGGAGACCUGCGCCAGCCUGCAGGAGGGGAAGGAGCCGGCGAAGCAGGACGCCGUCCAGAAGAUGUCUGCGCAGAUGUCCCUCUACUUCCAGAUCCUGCUCUUCGUGCCGGCCAUCUUCGCUAACCUGCUGCUGGGGGCGUGGGGGGACACGCGCGGCCGCCGCGCCCCCGUGCUGGCCCCCGUCGUGGGCUCGCUGUUCAUGGCCCUCGUCCUCAUGGCCAACUGUUACUGGUGGUCCCUGCCCCCGGCCCUCCUGCUGCUGGCCGCGCUCCCCGCCGGCUGCACCGGCUCCAUGAUGGCCGUGUUCUCGGGCUGCCACGCCUACGUGGGCGCCGUGGCGGGCAGAAGGGCGCGCACGCUGCGGCUGUCGGUGCUCGGGGUGGCCAUGAUGGUGUGCAACCCCGUCGGCAGGGCGGUGGCGCUGCUCAUCUACGACGGGUAUGGCUACGUGGCCGCCCUCGGCUGCCAGGUAGGGAUGUACGUCGUCAGCAUCGUGUACAUUCUGCUGAGGCUGAAGAAGUGGCCCUCCGGAGCGCGCGCGCCGGGAGAGCGGGAGAGCAGGAGCGUUUGCAGCGUCUUGUCGCCCUCGAGCCUCAAGGAAACGCUGAGGACGGCCUGCAAGAAGAGGGAGGGCGGCGUCCACUGGGACGUCCUCGGCCACAUUGUCGUCAUCUGCCUCUCCAUCUCUACUUUAGCCGCCAAUGUUCUCUUCGGCUACCUGUACACGCGGAAGAAAUUCGCUUGGGACUACAACACCUACACCGUGUGGUCCGUGAUUGACCUGCCUCUCUCCUCGCUGGGUGUUCUGAUCUGCCAGCCGAUCCUGAACUACUACUGGCGGGUGGAGGACAGCAUCCUGGCUCUCGCCGGCGGGAUCUCGCAUCUCUUCUACUACACUCUGGUGGCCACAGCGCCCAGGCCGUGGGUGCUCUAUCUAGGUGAGGUCGGCGCCAAACUGGUGGGGCGCGAGGAGCAGGGGUCCAUCUUCGCGGUGACGGGCGCCGCCGAGGCCCUGCUGCCCGUCGUCGCCUCCCUCUGCCUCACGCCCCUCUACGACGCCACCCUCGACGUCUUCCCCGGCGCCGUCUACGGGGUGUGCGCCGCCCUCAGCCUCUGCGUCUGCGUCGUGCUCGUGUGA